GAAGCUACUAUAAAAAGAGAAGAGAGGCGUGAAUCGAAGCCACACUGCGAUCGUCAGUGCUGGCCAGGACUAAACUCCGUUCCUUUUGCCGAACAAGGGGAAACAGACAGUACAUUGAAGCUGGGAUUUUGCUGAAGCAAUAGAAAAUGAGGACUUACCAUUGUCUACCAUUAUUCAUCUGGACCUGUAUGUUCUGUACAUUUGAUGCUAUCCUUUCUCAAGAAAAAGCUAAUGGUUAUUUGCCAAGCAAAAGAAUAGUGAGUGUGACAAAAGAUGAUGGUAAAGUACUACAUCGCACCAAGCGUGGCUGGAUGUGGAAUCAAUUCUUUUUGUUGGAAGAGUACACAGGUACAGACACACAAUACGUGGGCAAGCUUCACACUGACCAAGAUACAGGUGAUGGAAAUUUAAAAUACAUAUUAACAGGAGAUGGGGCUGGCAGUCUGUUUGUUAUAGAUGAAAACACAGGAGAUAUUCAUGCUGCAAAGAAACUAGACAGAGAAGAAAAAUCCCUGUACAUUCUUCGUGCCAAGGCUAUAGACAGAAAGACUGGGCGACAGGUGGAACCUGAAUCUGAAUUUAUCAUUAAAAUCCAUGAUAUCAAUGACAAUGAGCCAAAAUUCACAAAAGAGUUAUAUACUGCCAGUGUUCCUGAAAUGUCUGGAGUCGGUACAUCUGUUAUACAAGUGACUGCCACAGAUGCAGAUGAUGCCAACUACGGAAAUAGCGCCAAAGUGGUAUACAGCAUACUGCAAGGGCAGCCGUACUUUUCAGUGGACCCAGAAUCAGGUAUAAUAAAAACUGCAUUGCCAGACAUGAGUAGAGAAAAUAGAGAACAGUACCAAGUGGUUAUACAAGCCAAAGACAUGGGUGGCCAAAUGGGCGGCCUUUCUGGAACCACCAUGGUGAACAUCACCUUAACAGAUGUCAACAACAAUCCACCCCGAUUUCCCCAGAGUACGUAUCAAUUUAAUUCACCUGAGUCUGUGCCCCUUGGCACCCAUCUUGGAAGGAUAAAAGCCAAUGACCCUGAUGUUGGGGAAAAUGCUGAGAUGGAGUACAGCCUUGCUGAAGGAGAAGGAGCUGACAUGUUUGAUGUCAUCACUGACAAGGAAACACAGGAAGGGAUUAUAACUGUCAAACAGAAUUUAGAUUUUGAAAACAAAAUGUUGUACACUUUAAGAGUGGAUGCAAGUAACACUCACCCUGAUACACGAUUCCAACACUUAGGACCUUUCAAAGACACAGCUGUGGUCAAAAUAUCUGUGGAAGAUAUCGAUGAGCCUCCUGUGUUCAGUAAAGUUUCUUACUUAAUAGAAGUCGAUGAGGAUGUAAAAGAGGGCAGCAUUAUUGGACAGGUUACAGCAUAUGACCCAGAUGCCAUGAACAAUUUAAUAAAAUACUCUGUUGACAGACUUACUGAUAUGGACCGAAUUUUCAGUAUUUAUUCAGAAAAUGGCUCUAUUUUUACUUUGAAGCCCCUUGACCGAGAAUCAUCUCCCUGGCACAAUCUCACCAUUACAGCCACAGAAAUAAAUAAUUCAAAACAAAGCAGCCACAUCCCUGUCUUCAUCAGAAUUCUAGAUAUAAAUGAUCAUGCUCCAGAAUUUGCCAUGUACUAUGAAACAUUUGUCUGUGAAAAUGCAAAACCUGGUCAGUUGAUUCAGACUGUCAGUGUCCUGGACAAAGACGACCCGCCCCGGGGUCACAAGUUCUUCUUUGAACCAGUGCCAGAAUUUCCUCUUAAUCCUAACUUCACCAUUGUGGAUAAUAAAGAUAAUACAGCAGGGAUCAUGACUCGCAAAGAUGGGUACAGCCGCCACAAAAUGAGCACCUAUCUCCUGCCCAUCCUAAUCUUCGACAACGACUACCCGAUCCAGAGCAGCACCGGCACGCUCACCAUCCGGGUGUGCGCCUGCGACAGCCAGGGGAACAUGCAGUCCUGCAGUGCAGAGGCCUUAUUGCUGCCUGCCGGCCUCAGCACCGGGGCGCUGGUCGCCAUCCUCCUGUGCGUCCUCAUUCUGCUGGUUUUAGUUGUGCUAUUUGCUGCAUUAAAGAGACAAAGGAAAAAGGAACCGCUGAUAAUUUCAAAAGAUGAUGUCCGCGACAACAUCGUGACUUACAACGAUGAAGGUGGUGGGGAGGAAGACACUCAAGCUUUUGACAUUGGUACGUUAAGGAAUCCAGAAGCACGGGAAGACAAUAAACUGCGAAGAGACGUAAUGCCUGAAACUAUUUUUCAGAUUAGGAGGACUGUGCCUCUCUGGGAAAAUAUCGAUGUACAAGAUUUUAUCCAUAGACGAUUGAAAGAAAAUGACUCAGACCCAAGUGCUCCGCCUUAUGAUUCACUGGCGACUUACGCCUACGAAGGAAACGACUCCAUAGCAGAUUCCCUCAGCUCUUUAGAGUCACUCACAGCAGAUUGUAACCAAGAUUACGAUUACCUCAGCGACUGGGGGCCUCGGUUUAAAAAACUUGCCGAUAUGUAUGGGGGUGAUGACAGUGACCGAGAGUAAGGGUGUUGUAUGACUUCAUCAAUGUUAGUGGAAGUACCCUUUGUUACUAGAUUGAGUGGCCUGCAUUCUCUUCCUUGAAGGAAAUUUUUUUUCAGAAAUGAAAUUAUAAACAAUACGUAGGUGUUGUCUUAGUAAGGAUUUGCUUAAUCAGUAAGUUUCUGUGAAUGAAUACGAAUGACAUAGAUUUUAAAAGUAAUAAUAACCAGUUCACCCUCUGCCUAACACUCUCUGAAGAAAUUAUAUCACAUCAAUAAUCAGUAAGAAAUAACUAAAAGGCUUUUUGUGCCUUUUCUUAGCUAUACGGACUUUAUAACGGUUUUCUUAAUUGACUUACAGCCAACUUUACUAUUAAAGCAUUGUGCAAUGAAUUUGUAAAUUAAUAUGGAAAAAUAUAUCCCUAAAGAAAUAGGAAUGACUAUUACUGCCAUAUUUAUUUAGUUGAAAAAAAUGUCUUUGUGUUAAUCCACUCAUAUUUUUAUAAAUGUAUAUUUAUAUUUUUGUAUUUUUAUGAAAUAAACUAGUAUUUAUAAA